AUUUUUUGUGGUUUUCUUUAUUUAGCUAUUUUAGUUGCGUUUUCCUUUUUGUGUUGAAUUAUCUCUAAGGCCGAGUACCCAAACCACCUUAGGAAAAACAUAGGAUGAGCUGGCGGUGAGAGUGCUAUGUGUCAUCUCCCUAAUGAAUAAACAGUAUUCAUGCCACGUGUCCAAUUUCUGCUACUUCAUCUAUUUUUUUAUCUUCUCAAGUUCACCGCCUUUCUGUACAUAAAAAUAUCAUCUGCAAAACCUCUCCUCACACACAACCAACUGUAAUGGGACAAGGCGAGGAAAAGAAAACAAGAGACCAACCAACUGUUGAAAUUCAGGAAAGAGGGGAAAUCUUCUUCUUUUACAGACCGAAAGUGAACAGAGAGGAGGCUCAUGGAGCGGAGGACGUACAACGCCUUUACCUGGUUCUGCGGCCGGAAUCCGGCGAAACACCGGUCGAGGAGAAACAAAAUCCAAAAUCCGGCAAAGAAGGGUUGGCUAAUAACGAGGGCCGUGAGGAGGGUCGCCCGGAGGGUGGCGGGGGCCACGGCAGCCAGGAGGUGAACAUCGAGCGGCAGCCCUUGCUUCGUCUAAUCGUCAUGGGCCGGAAAAGCCUUCCGGAAACCCACGAGAAGAAGAAGAAGAUAUCAUCAUCUCCCUAUUGGGGUUUCGUGGAGUUGGUCACCACGAAAAUCGAGCACAUCAAGAAUGCUCUCAAAGGAGAAGAGUACGAGACUGCAACAAGAGGCCACAGGCACCUGCCCGAUUCAAGAGCUGCAGGGGAAGGCAUUUACCGUAUAUUGAGGCACAAACCGAAAAACGGCAGCCAAAAAAUGCACACGCACCUGAUCUACAAGCUGGAAUACCCGGAGAAAGAAGGCGAACCUCAACAAGCCCUAAGCAUCGCAUGCGAGGCCUCCUUCAUUAUCCAGAUCAAGAAUCCGGAAGCUUCUGGAGGAAGUCGUUCAUCUGGGUUCAGUGGGCUGAGUGAGAAGAGGAAGGCGGCUUUUCCGGCCCGUUUGCAGGGUAUUUUGGGCCAUGGUAAACGGUUCAGCCCCGCUGACCCGCCAGAUUUCCUCAACUAUGAAGGGUGUGAGAUUCUGCUGAUAUCUGCAUCUGAUGACAUAGAGGAGGAGUUGGGCCUUGAACUGAAGCCCGACCCGCAGGAGGGUGGAGCCCGGGAGUGCUCGGAUCUGCUGGAGACUUUUGGGGAGAUUGCGCCUAACUCGACCCGUCCCUUAGGAGGUGUGCUUUCCCAAAUUUCAGCCAACAAAAGAACUUUGUCCAUUCUUUCUCAAAUGAUUCAUCACAUUCUUGGAGCACUCUUCUUCCUCGGAAUAGGACAUUCUUCUAUCGUCCGUGAGCAGCUUUUGCACGACCAAAAGAUAUCCAAAUUCCUCGAGAGCAAGACCAGUAACCCUAGAGACGUAGAAGAAGGUACGAGGUGGGCUCUUUUGGUUGCAGGGUCGCGCGGUUAUGAAAAUUACAGACAUCAGGCCGAUGUAUGCCAUGCCUUUCAAAUUCUCAAGAAAGGCGGACUGAAAGAAGAUAACAUCAUAGUAUUCAUGUACGAUGAUAUAGCGUCUGAUGCAGACAAUCCUAGGCCGGGUGUUAUCGUUAACAGCCCGAAUGGUGAAAAUGUCUAUGAGGGAGUCCCAAAGGAUUAUACAGGAAAGGAUGUCAAUGUACAAAACCUAUUUGCAGUAAUACUUGGGAACAAAAGUGCUCUCACCGGAGGAAGUGGGAAGGUGGUGGAUAGUGGUCCAAAAGAUCACAUUUUCAUAUAUUAUACUGAUCAUGGAGGUCCCGGUUUGGUUGCAAUGCCUGGUGAUGAGCUCGUUUAUGCCGAUGAUCUGGUUGAUGUCCUGAAGCGAAAGCACAAGGCAAAUGCAUACGAAAGCAUGGUAUUUUACCUCGAAGCCUGUGAAUCAGGGAGCAUGUUCGAGGGGCUUCUUCCGGAAAAUAUGAACAUUUACGCAAUCACGGCAGCAAACGCGACUGAGGACAGCUUCGCAACAUACUGUCCUGAUGACUUUCCGUACAUUUCCCAAGCAUACGACGUGUGUCUUGGUGAUGUGUACAGCAUCUCCUGGAUUGAAGACAGUGAAAAACACGAUUUACGGUCGGAAACUCUGGGCCAGCAGCUUCAUGUGGUCAGAAGGAGGACAGCACUAGAAAAUGCGGAAGGCAGUUCUCACGUUAUGCAAUACGGGAGCUCAGCUCUCAGUGGGGAGUUUUUAGAUACUUUUAUAGGCAGCAAUUCACUGAACGAUAAUUAUACUCGGAACAAACAGAGUCUUAACACCCCAUCAGCAUUCAGAGCAGUAAGCCAGAGGGAAGCAGACCUCCUCCAUUACCAGGAAAAGCUCCGUAGAGCCCCGAAACAUUCUACAAGGUGGCACAAAGCCCAGAAGCAGUUACUCGACAAGAUCACGAGCAGGAAGCUUAUAGAUCAUAAGAUGAAGAAAAUAAGCAAACUUCUAUUUGGAGCCAAACGUAUUAACGUGUUGCGCAACGUUCGACCCGGUGGACAGCCGCUUGUUGAUGACUGGAGCUGCCUCAAGACAUUUGUGAAAAUAUAUGAGGAACACUGUGGACCCCUCACGAGGUACGGAAUGAAAUAUACACGGGCGAUCGCUAAUAUGUGUAAUGAAAAGAUUUCAGCCGAGCAGAUGAAAACAACUGCAGCAAGAAUCUGCAAAUAAAUUAUAUUUUCCACUGUUCAAGGCAGCUGUUAUCUUUUACCUCUAUUUCACAUCUGUACCGUCAGCAUUUUCUCCAAGAAAAUGGUCAGCUAGAUAGAUAAAAAAACUGUAAUAACAAUUUAUAACAGCAGUGGAAGAACAUGGCCAACAGCAUUACAGCAUAAAACUUGUGUUACCAUUCAAAUGUGAAAAGAG